GCCCACUCCGCUCCCGCGGCCGCUCCUCCCUCCGCCCGGAGAGCCGCCGGCGGCGGCCGGAGAGGCCCCUCCUUCGCGUCCUCCUUCUUUCCCUCGCUAGCGCAGCCGCCGACCCGGCUGGGCCCGCGACCCUCCCCGGCCAUGGCCGGCAACGUGAAAAAGAGCUCAGGCGCGGGGGGCGGCGGCGGCUCCGGGGGCUCGGGCGCGGGCGGCCUGAUCGGGCUUAUGAAGGACGCCUUCCAGCCGCACCACCACCACCACCACCUCAGCCCGCACCCGCCGGGGACCGUGGACAAGAAGAUGGUGGAGAAGUGCUGGAAGCUCAUGGACAAGGUGGUGCGGUUGUGUCAAAAUCCAAAGCUGGCACUAAAGAAUAGUCCACCUUAUAUUUUAGACCUGCUGCCCGACACUUACCAGCAUCUUCGUACUAUCUUGUCAAGAUAUGAGGGGAAGAUGGAGACGCUUGGAGAAAAUGAGUAUUUUAGGGUAUUCAUGGAAAAUUUGAUGAAGAAAACUAAACAGACCAUAAGCCUUUUCAAGGAGGGAAAAGAAAGAAUGUAUGAAGAAAAUUCUCAGCCUAGGCGAAACCUCACCAAACUGUCCCUGAUCUUCAGCCACAUGCUGGCAGAACUGAAAGGCAUCUUUCCAAGUGGGCUCUUCCAAGGAGACACAUUUAGGAUCACUAAAGCAGAUGCUGCGGAAUUCUGGAGAAAAGCUUUUGGAGAAAAAACAAUAGUCCCUUGGAAGAGCUUUCGACAGGCCCUACAUGAAGUACAUCCUAUCAGUUCUGGGCUGGAGGCCAUGGCUCUGAAAUCUACCAUUGAUCUGACCUGUAAUGAUUAUAUUUCCGUUUUUGAAUUUGACAUCUUUACACGGCUUUUUCAGCCCUGGUCCUCUUUGCUCAGGAAUUGGAACAGCCUUGCUGUAACGCAUCCUGGUUACAUGGCUUUUCUGACAUAUGAUGAAGUGAAAGCUCGGCUCCAGAAAUUCAUUCACAAACCUGGCAGUUACAUCUUCAGGCUGAGCUGUACCCGUCUGGGGCAGUGGGCUAUUGGGUAUGUUACUGCUGAUGGGAACAUUCUGCAGACAAUCCCUCACAAUAAACCUCUCUUCCAAGCACUGAUUGAUGGCUUCAGGGAAGGCUUUUAUUUAUUUCCUGAUGGACGAAAUCAGAAUCCUGACCUUACAGGCCUAUGUGAACCAACUCCCCAAGACCACAUCAAAGUGACCCAGGAACAAUAUGAACUGUAUUGUGAGAUGGGCUCCACGUUCCAACUGUGUAAAAUAUGUGCUGAAAAUGAUAAGGAUGUAAAGAUUGAGCCCUGUGGACAUCUCAUGUGCACGUCUUGUCUGACAUCCUGGCAGGAAUCAGAAGGUCAGGGCUGUCCUUUCUGCCGAUGUGAAAUCAAAGGUACAGAACCCAUCGUGGUGGAUCCCUUUGACCCUCGAGGAAGUGGCAGCCUACUGAGGCAAGGAGCAGAAGGAGCUCCCUCCCCAAAUUAUGAUGAUGAUGAUGAUGAAAGAGCUGAUGAUUCUCUCUUCAUGAUGAAGGAAUUGGCUGGUGCCAAGGUGGAACGGCCCCCUUCUCCAUUCUCAAUGGCCCCGCAAGCUUCCCUUCCCCCAGUGCCACCGCGACUUGACCUUCUGCAACAGCGUGUGUCUGUUCCUCCAAGUGCUUCUGGUCUAGGAACUGCCCCCAAGGCUGCUGCUUCCUCUCUUCAUAAGGACAAACCGCUGCCAAUACCACCUACUCUUCGAGAUCUUCCACCACCACCCCCUCCAGAACGGCCAUAUGCUGUUGGAACAGAAACCCGACCUCAGAGACGCCCCCUGCCUUGUACACCAGGCGAUUGUCCAUCCAGAGACAAACUGCCCCCUGUACCCUCUAGCCGUCUGGGGGACUCAUGGUUACCCCGGCCAAUCCCCAAAGUACCAGUAGCUACUGCAAGCCCUAGUGACCCCUGGACUGGAAGAGAAUUAACCAACCGACAUUCACUUCCGUUUUCAUUGCCUUCACAAAUGGAGCCCAGAGCAGAUGUGGCUAGGCUUGGAAGCACAUUCAAUCUAGAUACUUCCAUGAAUAUGAGUAACAGUCCAUUAGCAGGUCCAGAAUGCGAGCACCCCAAAAUUAAACCUUCCUCAUCUGCCAAUGCCAUUUAUUCUCUGGCUGCCAGACCCCUUCCAGUGCCAAAACUGCCACCUGGACAACGAGGUGAGAGUGAGGAGGACACAGAGUAUAUGACUCCUUCUUCUAGACCCAUAGGGCUUCAAAAGCCAGAGCUGAAACGGCCUUCAGAGACAACCCAGAGUUCACGAGCGGGUGAUUGUGACCAGCAGAUUGAUAGUUGCACAUAUGAAGCAAUGUAUAAUAUUCAGUCCCAGGCACCAUCUGUCACUGAGAACAGCACCUUUGGUGAAGGCAGCUUGGCUGCAGCCCACACAAACACUGGCCCUGAGGAAUCAGAAAAUGACGAUGACGGCUAUGAUGUCCCUAAGCCACCAGUACCGGCUGUCCUCGCCCGCCGAACUCUCUCAGACAUCUCCAACGCCAGCUCUUCCUUCGGCUGGUUGUCUCUGGAUGGUGAUCCUUCAGCAAAUUUUACUGAGGGUUCUCAAGUUCCUGAGCGGCCCCCAAAACCAUUCCCUCGGAGAAUCAACUCUGAACGGAAAGCAGGUAGCUGUCAGCAAGGUGCUGGUGCUGCCGGGGCCACCCCUGCCGCCACCCCAUCACCGCAGCUCUCCAGUGAGAUUGAGAACCUCAUGAGCCAGGGCUACUCCUACCAGGACAUUCAGAAAGCUUUGGUCAUUGCCCACAACAACAUCGAAAUGGCCAAAAACAUUCUCCGAGAGUUUGUUACUAUUUCAUCCCCUGCUCAUGUGGCCACCUAGCACAGCCCUCCCUGCUAUAGCUACCAAGAUCCAAGAGCUGGGCUCUUGAGGUGCACCUAGGAGGGCUGAAGCUCCUUUGGGGACUUCACAGUGAGGUCCUGCCCUCUCUGUGAGUAUCACACCGUGGUCCCAAGAUUUCAAAGCAGCAGAAUGAAAAUGGAGCAGCUCAUGUGUUUUAUUAUUGUAUUGUUCUUGAAGGUGUCUUUCAGUCCCCGCUUGGAGAGAGUAUGGAUUUUUAUUACAUGGUAGCCUUCUUGGGGAACAGUCCAGAAAGCAGUAGAAUAAGUAUUGUGCUGUAAACCCUAAUUGAGGACUUAAGACUUUCCUUGGUUAAGGAUGUGUUCAUGUGUGUCUGUCUGUCUGUGGUUGUGUGUCCUGUGAUGAUAUGAUUAUCCUGCUGUGUGUGUUAAUUCCAAGUGGGGAAUUAGCACAAGAGGUUCAGGAAGGAAUCUUUUAAAGACUUCCAUCUACUGUGGUAUUCCACCCGACCCCAGUGUGUAUUACAAGUUCAGCACUCCCCUUUGGCUUAGGUUGUCGUGUGCAUAGCUAAAGUGUUAUAUUUUUUAGGACACUCCCUGUCCUUUACCCUCUCAGCCCACCUUCAGUGUUCUGUCGUUGGCAGUGGGCUUGCUGUGACCAGCCUUCCUGAGGCCACGCCCUUGUGGGAUGUUCGGUAUUGUGUGUGAUGGUAUAGGUUUGUUUGGUAGAGAUAGGUAAGAGAGAAAGUACUGUUGCUGUGUUACUGUAGUCAGUUUGCAACUAGCAGCUAACACUGGUCACUCCAAAGUGUUGUUUCUAAAGGAACAUUGAAUUUGUUAAAAUAAGAUAUUUGAAGUAUCCUAAUUAUAUAAUGACUGAUUUGUGAUAGAGGCCUUCAAAUACAUUCCAUGUCCUCCCCAGUAAUUACUCUGUGGGAGUCCGUUGCCUUGAUGCCAGGCAUGUGGUCUGGUAUAGGUCAUGAGUCUUUCUACUUAACGGGAAGAGAUGAGCGUGUUUCUAGGAUUACUUUCUGGCCCAAACACCAUGAAGCUUUUAGGAAAUUUCAUUUUUUAUCUGUUCAGUUUUUCUUUCCAGUUAAUCAGCUUCAGCUUCUAUGGAUAUCUCAUUUUGAACGUGAGCCAGAUUAGAUUUUUUCAGAAAUGACUUUUUAUUUGGCCUUUAAAAAAUGGGUUUAUCACUGGUGGUAGCACAGCAUUUUGCUGAUUAUCAGCACCUUUUCUAUAUUGGUGCCACCCAGUGACUUGGUUUUCUCUUGUGCCUAGGGCUUGGGGCAUGGAAUGUGGCUUUGCUCCAUUUCUUGCCCCUUUCUCUUCCCUCCACGUUACAUGUACACUGUGUUUUUACUCUAGUCAAAGACAGUAUGGAAAAAGGCUGGCAGUUUUAUGGAAUUGCAAGUUCACGAAGAAGAUUCAGAGUUCAGUUGGGAGACCCACUUGUGAAGUCUGCGCAGCGGCCCCUAGAGUUGAGUUUGUUCUCUGGAGUCUUUUACUGAUUCCCUAGCAGUGUUUGCUCCUUCCCCUUGCCAGAAGCAAGCCUGCGUGUCUGAGUACGUUCCUCAAGACCUGGUCUAGACAAAAAUGACCCUCCUAAAGCCAGCUUUCUUUCCAGCUUUCCGAGUCUUCUCAUAGUAUCCAUCUGCUCCACAGUCUUUGUGUUUCAUCCUCUUGGCUCAAGCUAUUUAUAUUCCCAAAGCAGACAGUACGGGGCCUUGUGAUGACUUGCUGUAGUUCCCUAGUUGUCAUCUCCUGUCUCUCCUGGAGGGGAGGAAACAGUGGAGCCCCCAGUGGGUACAGGAGGUACUGCACCAGGAUGGAGGGAGGCGGGGAAAGUGGCAGUGAGUAAGAAACAGUAGCCUAACAUUCACUUCUAAAAGCUGGUAGCGUUUAGUUUUGCAUUUUGCUUAAAUACUAAAAGCCUAGACAAGGAACUAGGAAAGGAAAAAUGCCUGGGCUAUACAGAUUAUAAUAUUUUUCUCUAGAUAUUACCUAGUAGUUUGAAGAUCUGUCAAGAAAAUAAAGCUCUGGCUGCAUCUCUUCUGCCUGUUCAGUGCAUUCCCAUCCUCCAUGAGAUUAUUGUCCAUACUGACCAGGCUGAAGGUCUUUCCUUCCUCUCCUGAAUACCUGUGUGGCUCUUCAGUCAGGCCUGACACUGACAGUCCAGGCCUCUGUGAUGAACAUGUGCACACUCAUGGCCUUGGGUAGUGGUUUGUCAGGUGAAUAUCUGCAGGUGUUGAAGAUUUUGGACCAUUAUAUCGUGCUCAUUCCUCUGACUGGUGCGUGGAGAACAUGCCAGGGUCUGGGCUGGAAAUUGAGAACCUUAGGAAUGUUGUCACACAAGUCUUGUUUAGAGGAUAGUCUCAAAAUGUGACUUCCUUUUGUUUUCCUUUAAGGCAUCUACUCUUUAUCCUCCAUUUGUAUUCUGAUUUGGUGGGGGCAGAGGUCACUGGGGAUUGAGCCCAGGGCCUUUGCAUUGAGCUAUGUUCCUAGCCCCUUUUUAAAUUUUGGGAUAAAGUCUUA